AUUGACCAUACCGCUAUUAGAAUACCUAAAUACACCUGUUAUUAAAUAAAUAAAAUGUGUUAUUCUUCUCACGUUGUGCGUCUUCUCUUAUUCAUGGUGAUGGCUUGUGGGGAUGUCGAAUGAGCGUGCGUGAAACGCUGACUGGGGGCAUUCUGUUUCCUGAUAGCAGACUUGACGCGAUUGCAGCGCACAGUAUGAAGGCAGCUUGAUGUGUAGUGCUGGGGAAAUCAGUGAUGGUGAUGGUGUCUCGCGUGAUGGUAACCUCACACUGAUCACUGUUUGGUUUACCAGCAGGUAGCGCUGCCUCGCGCACACUGACCCGAAGAGGGGAGAAAAAAAAGUUUUGAGUGUUGCUCUGAGAUUUAACGCUUGCGCAGAACAGGUUGCCUGGCCAGUUCCUCUGGUUGACUUACCUGAGAGGUACAUACAUCAGUUUCGGUCAGUAACAGAAAGGAACUAACGCGCCGAGCCUGGACUCCGGCGAGCGCGAGGAGAAGUUCGAUUAAAGCGCAGAUACUUUUUGUUCAAACGAAGAAAUCGAAAGCACCGGAGUAUAUUCUCGUGGCUUCUGGCAGGUGCGCUCGUGUUUUCUUGCCCGUACGCAACGAGGAAACGAAGCUCGUGACAGGUCUCCGUAUCCCGACUUGUGCAUUGAACGGCUCACCCCGGUAGACGCCGUCUUUCUUCGUCGCGGAAAGCCUGAAAAAACAGCUGGAUGCCUUCCUCUUGAGCAGUCCGGUAUCAGUGCCGUUUUCACUGGUUGAUUAAAGCGCUGUCUCGCGGGGAAAAUAUGAUGGGCUUUCUGCGCAGGACGUUUAGCCGACGGUCAAAACGACGCUUUCGGACUUCAGAGGAGCUGGAGGGGGCCGGCAGAGGCGGAAACACAGUGCUUCAGGCGCACCAGCAGCAGGUGAUCCACGCGCCGAUCGUAGUGACCGGGGGAGCCGUGGUCCACAUCCCCGCCGCGGGCAACAGCAAAGACGCCAUCACAUGCAGAGUCCUGCUGCUGGACGGAUCGGAUGUCAGUGUGGAGUUACCGAAACACGCCAAGGGACAGGAUCUGUUUGAUCAGAUUAUGUAUCAUUUGGAUCUGGUGGAGGCUGAUUACUUCGGUCUGCAGUUCAUGGACCCAGAGCAGGUUGCGCAAUGGUUGGAUGCAGCCAAGCCCAUAAAAAAGCAGAUUAGAUUUGGACCUCCAUACAGAUUGUUCUUCAGGGUUAAAUUCUAUUCUUCAGAGCCCAAUAACCUUCACGAAGAGUUCACCAGAUAUCUCUUCGUACUGCAGCUUAGACAAGACAUACUGUCCGGCAAGUUAAAGUGUCCAUAUGAUGUGACUGUGGAACUCGGGGCUUAUUGCUUACAAAGUGAACUUGGGGAUUGUGAUCCACUAGAACACUCUGUUGUGUUGGUAUCAGAGUUUCGCUUUUCACCCAGACAGACAGAGCUGAUGGAGGCGGACAUCUACCACAAAUGGGCCGAGUGCAGGGGAAUGAGUCCUUCUCAAGCUGAGCUGAAUUUCCUGAAUAAAUGCAAGUGGCUGGAGAUGUAUGGAGUGGACAUGCACUUUGUGAAGGGACGGGAUGGAGGAGAAUAUGCUCUGGGACUCACACCAACUGGCAUUCUUGUUUUCGAGGGAUCCAGCAAAAUUGGUCUCUUCUUUUGGCCUAAAAUAACCCGUCUUGACUUCAAGAAGAACCGACUGACAUUAGAGGUGGUGGAGGACGAUGAGAAGGGCCGAGAGCAGGAGCACACGUUUGUGUUUCAGCUUUCGAGUUCUCGGGAGUGUAAGCACUUAUGGAAGUGUGCAGUAGAAAGCCACGCCUUCUUCCGGCUCAGACAGCCGACCCACAACAAAAGAAACAACAGCGACUUCACACGCCUCGGCUCGCGGUUCAGAUUCAGUGGACGGACUGAAUAUCAGGCCACACGUAGUGGUAAAGUCAGGAGAGCAAGCACUUUUGAGAGGAGACCAAGUAAAAGAUAUCCCUCACGAGCCCAGUCUAUGGUCAAGGCCAUAACUCCAGUAAAACAUCCACAUCUAAGUGCUCAGGCCAGCCCUGAUUCAAGCUUAACACCGUAUAAGCACAACAUUCCAAUUGCACAGGAACCCUGGAAAAGACCACAUCCGUCUAGUCUGACCCCUCCCCUAUACGUACAGCCAUUGGAAAUGGGACACGUUCCACCACCACACAGUUUCCCUUUGAGCACUGCAGACACCCGGAGGUUUAGUGUGGAAGAGAACGAGGCUCCUCAUUUUGGAAAGGUCCAUCGCUGCUACCAUCGCCACGGAUACGAAAAACCGGAAGCACUGUGCCUCACGACAGCUAAACCUAAAGCUUGGGUCGUGUCUCCUGGGCUCCCGGAUGAGUUGGAUCGAGCUCUGCAGAACCAGCUAGAAGCAGAACCUGCAGCCUGGCCGGCUCUCCACAUCAACAUAGACAUGGCAGAGGAAAAACCACUUUCUGAGAAAAGUCUUCCUUCCUCCCCUGCAGUUUUACAGGAACAACUGAAGAGCAACAUCUCUAAACGUGCCACCCAAAGUGAUAGUGGAACCUCCAAGGGGAACUCCUCAAGUGGAGACCAAACUGACAGGUAUCCCAGCUCUUCACAGGAUUCAGGCUCAAGCAGUAUGAACACAGAGAAGCCCAGAGUGGAACGACGCAAACGCCUUGUCAGACAGUUCAGCUUUAACCAUAGUGAUGAAGAUGACCUCCCUGAGGCACUUGCAGCCAUCUCCUCCGAGUGCAAUAUCGGAAAAUCCUCCUCAAACAGCUCCUUGGACAAACAGGUCCAACCACCCAUAUACCCACCGCAGAAGGAUACGUCACAUUUAGAGCGUGACAACUCUCCACUGCUCUUUCCAAGUCCAGUACCUCACCUGCUUCCAUAUACUACACAUACAGAAAGCUCUGAAGACCUGCGGAUGGAGAGAGAGAAACUACUGAGGGCUCUGUUAAUGACAGAACUCUAAGACAACACAAACACACACACACACAACACAACUGCUGACAGACCACAAAACCAAUAGACAACAAGAGCCCUUAAAGGAGUCAUAUGAUGCGAUUUCAAAUUUCUCCUUUCUCUUUGGAGCAUUUCAAGCUCUUGGUGCAUAAAGAAGAUCUGUAAAAUUCAAAGAGAUAUUCUUUAGAAAACUUAAGGCUUGUCCACGCCCUCCUAAAAAAAACCUAGUUUAAACACUCCCCCAAAAGUCUACGUCAGGAUGUGGGAAGAUUUGCAUAACACCGGCCAAAUGUUCACUCAAAGAAAGAAGGCUUACCUUUUAUUCUUGCUGUUGCCGCCGCUGCCAUGUUGCAGAGAUGCUUUGUGUUUCAUUGUGGAAGAGAAGCUCGUUAGUUUGGCCCUCCAAAGGAGGACGAUAUGCAUUUUGUUAUGCCUAGAGCUGAUCCAUGCUGGUUGCUGAGGAAAUGCAUCAACUUCGCAACUGUGGAUCGCCGGAUCUGCUUUCACUGUUUACGUAGCAGAGUCCAGCCUGGGGUCGUCACAUGUGGUUGCUACAAACUCACUAGCCCGCUUCUUCAUCGAAUCCACCAGCCGUAUCUCACUCAAGUUUGUUUCAUUUUCGUAUUCAGAUGUGUGCAGCACAUUUUAUGGAGGACUGUUUCCUGAUCCUGCAGAACAGUAGCCUACAAUGCGUCUGUGCUCAAAGGCUG